CGAAGUUUGUCCCUUCGGAGACGCCGUGCAGGCCGCUCGUGUCACGUGAUCGAGGAGCCUCCUGAAGGCGGAAGCGGCGCGCUGCGGGGCUUGGGUCGGGUGGACGGCCAGGCCAGCGGGAUGGAGGCGACUUUGGAGCAGCACUUGGAAGACACAAUGAAGAAUCCAUCCAUUGUUGGAGUCCUGUGCACAGACUCACAAGGACUUAACCUGGGCUGCCGUGGGACCCUGUCAGAUGAGCACGCCGGGGUGAUAUCUGUUCUAGCCCAGCAAGCGGCUAAGCUAACCUCAGACCCCACUGAUACUCCUGUGGUGUGUCUAGAGUCAGAUAACGGGAACAUUAUGAUCCAGAAACACGACGGCAUCACAGUGGCCGUGCACAAGAUGGCCUCCUGAUGGCGCCCAGGUUCUCCCACAGCGCGUCUGCUCCUUGCUUUACACUGUUAGUUUCAGUGGUUAGGCCUGUCAUCCAGUGAGCUUUGGGCACUUUUGUAUUAAUUUAGGCUAAGUUGCUUUUGGACACUCUAUGGACUGACUUACCAAAAUAUUAGUAAGAAAGGAUCUUGUUUUCCAGCAGCAGGUCUGGGUGACUUUGUAUAUAGAAUUCUGUUGUGUUCAAUAAAUCUGGUUGGAGGAAA